GUUAACAGGAAGUAUGUGUGUGUAGGUGUUCAUGACGGUAAUUUGAUAUACUUUGUAGUGAGUGUUCAGAAGGCCAGUAAAAACAGCCCGUCAUGCAGGCAUGCAGGUUGGGCGUCUCUGCACGCGCGUCAUGAGUGCAAAAUAUCCAAACUGGACUAAUCAAAAACAUGAACAAAAAAGUAAAUUCUGGUUGUGAUUCUGCUCUCCAGAGUCAUUGCAAAAAAGCCAGAAAGGAUCACGGAUCUUCUCGGGGCACACAAGGUCAGAAUGUCGACGUGAAGGACCAGGCAGCUAAAAAAGAUGACGGGAGCUCUGAGCUCAACCUCACUAUGCAUGAAUGUAAUGUUGACAAUGAGCCAUCCCAGCAACAUCUGAUGAGCACAUCAGCUGAUGAAGAUGAUAAGGGUGAGUUGGACCUGUACAGAGGAGAAGAGGAAUUAGAAAAGGAACUGCUGGAAAAGCACCUACCAAAGUCAGUCUCCUCUGUAGCCGUUGCCGAUAGCCAGAGCAGUGUUUCACCUCCCAUUGAUCUUCAAACUUACAGCGAGAGAGAGUGGAAAGGCAACACCUCAAAAAGUCGUCUUAUACGAAUGGGAUAUGAUGCUAUAGCCGAUAAGUUCAAUCUAUGCACUGUAAGAGGUGAUAACUACUGUGCAUUGAGGGCAACGCUCUUCCAGGUGCUCAGCCAGUCUAAGCAACUUCCUGUCUGCUUACAAGAACCAGACAUAACUGAGUGGCCAAUGCAACUGGAGUCUGAUGUGGAUUUAAUUAGGGAAUGGCAAUUUCCAUUAGAAAGCAAGAAGAACAAAGUGGAACUAUUGCAACAUUGUUUGGAGCUGCUACAGAAAAGGUGGCAGGAGGCUGUCCAGUGUAAAAGUCCCCAGGAGAGGGAACGCUUUUGCCAGCAGGUGUUUAAAGGUCACGAUGAGGAAUAUGAACUUCUGGAAGCUCUGAAGUUUUUGAUGCUGAGGACUGCCAUUCAGCUGCAUUCAGAUAUGAUGAAGGGCUCUGAUGUACCAGAGUUCUGCUGGCUUCUCUUUGCUCGUGACUCUUCCAAAGGCCCCAAAUCUCUCCUCACCAACCACGUCAGACACGUAGGCUUCAGUGGUGGGCUGGAACAGGUGGAGAUGUGCCUUUUAGGUCAUUCCCUACAACACACGAUCGAAGUUUAUCGGCUGUACAAAUAUGACACAGAGGAGUUCAUCACAUACUACCCCAAUGACCACAGAGAGGAAUGGCCUACUCUGUGUUUGCUUACAGAGGAUGACAGACACUACAAUGCACUUGUGCCCAAAAGGUCCUCCAGAUUUGAUGAGCAUGGUAGGCCAAAAUGGAAACAACCAUCAGAUGGACAAUCAGUCAAAACCACACAGCUGUAAAGACAGAUCUCAGGAGUUGCAAUGUUUUCCAAAUGGCAUUUGCUGGAUUUUUCUUGUUUUCGUUUUAAAAAAUUAUUUAAUUUCAUGUUCUGUCAUUUCAAAUCUAAGAAUGAAAUGAAACGUUUCUUAACAAAAAAUUGUGCAAUUGUUUUAUGCCUGCACAUCUGGCUGGUAUGGAAAAAAAGAAUAACAAAGUUAAUAAAUACUUUGCAUAUUAUA